CAGGGUCAGAGCGUUUCAGUGAUCCUCGAGACACACAGAGUUUUACCUGGAAUAUUUCAAACGCUUCCAAUUUGUGGUGUGUGACGCGGGGUCAGGUCCGAGCCAAGGGGUUUCCAUGACGAUGAGCGAGCACCCUGGUUGGUGGACGGUACCACUGCAGGAGUUCUGUGUGUAGAAAGAGAGGAAGGGCAUGUCUUUAGCUAACUAGGGGCAGGAAUAACCUAGCAACAGGAAACCAAGAGGAAGAAGUUCCUGCGAUGUCAGUGAAGGUGACCCCUGUGACCCCUGCUGGCCCCGCCCACCCCCAGCCCUGCUCUCCGCCACUCAUCGUUCUGCAGGAUAUGGAGGGGGAGACAGAGGAGAGGGGCGAGGUACACAGGUGUUUAAGGAGCUCCGGUGUGCAGGUUCCAUUCAACAUGAACAACAGCAACAGCAACGAGGAAGAGGAACAGAAGAAGAAGACAAGUAAAAAGGAGAGGAAAGAGAAAAAGGAGAGGAAAGAGAAAAAGGAGAAAGAAAAACAGGAGAAAAGGGAGAGAAAGGAACAGAAGAAGAAGGAGAAAGAGGAGAAGGAGUUGAAGGAGAAAGAGGAGAAGGAGAAAAAGGAGAAAGAGGAGAAGGCCAAAGCUGAAGCGCCUAAAGAGAUCACGGUGAUAGACCCAGCAGGUAACAUGUAUUAUAACUGGCUCCUUGUCAUCACCAUUCCUGUAAUGUACAACUGGACCCUCAUCAUAGCCAGGGCCAGUUUUGAGGAGCUCCAGACAGACUUUCUGAUCUACUGGUUCAUCAUAGACUGUGUCUCUGAUGUGGUCUACCUGGCGGAUAUGGUGUUCAGGACCAGGACAGGUUACCUGGAACAGGGUCUGUUGGUGAAGGAUCAGAAGAAGCUGAUAGAUCGCUACAUAAACAGUCUCCAGUACAAACUAGACCUGAUCUCCAUGAUCCCUACUGACAUCUUCUAUGUGUACUUCGGACUCAACUACCCCGAGAUACGACUCAACAAGCUGUUCAGAAUCAACAGGAUGUUGGAGUUCUUUCAGAGGACAGAGACUAGGACCAACUUCCCCAACGUUCUGCGUAUCUCCAACCUCGUCAUGUACAUCGUCAUCAUCAUACACUGGAACGCUUGUCUUUACUACUCUUUCUCCAAGGCGAUUGGUUUCGGAGCUAAUAAGUUUGUGUAUCCCGACACGACGGACCCUGAGUUUGGCCGUUUGGUCCGGAAAUAUGCCUACAGCAUGUACUGGUCGACCCUGACACUCACAACUAUCGGAGAGACUCCUCCCCCUGUACAGAACUCUGAGUACUUCUUCGUCGUCACAGACUUCCUGGUUGGCGUGUUGAUCUUUGCUACCAUCGUCGGUAACGUCGGUUCCAUGAUCACCAACAUGAAUGCUGCCAGGGCAAACUUCCAGGCCAGGAUAGAUGCCAUCAAACAGUACAUGACUUUCAGAAAGGUCACCAAGGACCUGGAGAAGAGGGUGAUCAAGUGGUUUGACUACCUGUGGACCAAUAAGAAGGCAGUAGAUGAGAGGGAGGUGCUAAAGUUCCUUCCUGAUAAACUCAGGGCUGAGAUCGCUAUCAACGUACACCUGGACACACUGAAGAAGGUGCGUAUCUUUGCUGACUGUGAGGCUGGUCUCCUGGUAGAGUUGGUAUUGAAGCUUCAGCCUCAGGUCUACAGUCCAGGUGAUUACAUCUGUAAGAAGGGAGACAUCGGACGAGAGAUGUACAUCAUCAAGGAAGGGAAGCUGGCCGUUGUCGCCGACGACGGGAUCAAACAGUUCGUUGUCCUUAGCGAUGGGAGCUACUUCGGGGAGAUCAGUAUUCUGUCCAUAAAGGGUUCCAGGGCUGGAAACAGGAGGACUGCUAACAUCAGGAGUGUUGGGUACUCUGACCUGUUCUGCCUCUCUAAAGACGACCUCAUGGAGGCCCUGUCGGAGUAUCCUGAUGCUAAAGCCAUGUUGGAGGAGAAGGGACGGCAGAUCCUGAUGAAGGACAACCUGCUGGACCUGGAGGUGGCGGCGCAGGGCCCGGACCCCAAGGACAUGGAAGAGAAGGUGGAGAGGAUGACAGCAACGCUGGAGUCCCUCCAGACGAGAUACGCCCGGCUCCUCGCCGAACACGAGGCGGGCCAGAGCAGACUGAAACGCAGAGUCACCCGGCUGGAGAAGAAAGUGGUGGCUCCAGUCCAGGAGGUCGAGGAGCUAGGGGUGGAGAUGGGUACCGUGGCAACCACAGAGUAGAAGAAAUAGUCCCGCUGUUCUGUGUUCAUUAUGUUUUUGAGGAAGGUCUUACCUACCUACUAUAGUUGACUGACUGGAAGUCGCUCUGGGUAAGAGUGUUCGCUAAAUUACCAUAAUGUAACGAUGUCAGAGCAAGCAGAGCAACGUGGUUGGGAAAGGAACACUAAACAACAACAGCACGUGUCAAUGGCAUCCAGGUGGUAGAGGAAUUAGAGUGACACCAAGAGUUGACUGACCUCUCAGUAUCUUGAGUGGGUUGUUCCACAGGUGACCAAAAGAGCCACAGGGGAAAACAGCAUAGUCUACUUGAUAUACAGUCUUUUCUGAAUCGGUACAAAGAGAAUGACAGAUCAGAAUAACUUUUUAUUCUUGUUGUCUUGUUCUGUCCAACCAAAUAUUCACCACCACUUGAUGUAUAACCUUUAAAAGCCCCAUUAUGAAUAACCUCUAAAAGCCCCAUGAUGUAUAACCUCUAAAAGCCCCAUGAUGUAUAACCUCUAAAAGCCCCAUGAUGUAUAACCUUUAAAAGCCCCAUUAUGAAUAACCUCUAAAAGCCCCAUGAUAAAUAACCUUUAAAAGCCCCAUGAUAAAUAACCUUUAAAAGCCCCAUGAUAAAUAACCUUUAAAAGCCCCAUGAUGUAUAACCUCUAAAAGCCCCAUGAUAAAUAACCUUUAAAAGCCCCAUGAUAAAUAACCUUUAAAAGCCCCAUGAUAAAUAACCUUUAAAAGCCCCAUGAUGUAUAACCUCUAAAAGCCCCAUUAUGAAUAACCUUUAAAAGCCCCAUUAUGAAUAACCUUUAAAAGCCCCAUUAUGAAUAACCUCUAAAAGCCCCAUUAUGAAUAACCUUUAAAAGCCCCAUGAUGUAUAACCUCUAAAAGCCCCAUGAUAAAUAACCUUUAAAAGCCCCAUGAUGUAUAACCUCUAAAAGCCCCAUGAUAAAUAACCUUUAAAAGCCCCAUGAUAAAUAACCUUUAAAAGCCCCAUUAUGUAUAACCUUUAAAAGCCCCAUGAUAAAUAACCUUUAAAAGCCCCAUGAUAAAUAACAUUUAAAAGCCCCAUGAUAAAUAACCUUUAAAAGCCCCAUGAUAAAUAACCUUUAAAAGCCCCAUGAUAAAUAACCUUUAAAAGCCCCAUGAUAAAUAACCUUUAAAAGCCCCAUGAUAAAUAACCUUUAAAAGCCCCAUGAUGUAUAACCUCUAAAAGCCCCAUGAUAAAUAACCUUUAAAAGCCCCAUGAUGUAUAACCUUUAAAAGCCCCAUUAUGAAUAACCUUUAAAAGCCCCAUUAUGAAUAACCUUUAAAAGCCCCAUUAUGAAUAACCUCUAAAAGCCCCAUUAUGAAUAACCUUUAAAAGCCCCAUGAUGUAUAACCUCUAAAAGCCCCAUGAUAAAUAACCUUUAAAAGCCCCAUGAUGUAUAACCUCUAAAAGCCCCAUGAUAAAUAACCUUUAAAAGCCCCAUGAUAAAUAACCUUUAAAAGCCCCAUUAUGUAUAACCUUUAAAAGCCCCAUGAUAAAUAACCUUUAAAAGCCCCAUGAUAAAUAACAUUUAAAAGCCCCAUGAUAAAUAACCUUUAAAAGCCCCAUGAUAAAUAACCUUUAAAAGCCCCAUGAUGUAUAACCUUUAAAAGCCCCAUUAUGAAUAACCUUUAAAAGCCCCAUUAUGAAUAACCUUUAAAAGCCCCAUGAUGUAUAACCUCUAAAAGCCCCAUGAUAAAUAACCUUUAAAAGCCCCAUGAUGUAUAACCUUUAAAAGCCCCAUUAUGAAUAACCUUUAAAAGCCCCAUUAUGAAUAACCUUUAAAAGCCCCAUUAUGAAUAACCUCUAAAAGCCCCAUUAUGAAUAACCUUUAAAAGCCCCAUGAUGUAUAACCUCUAAAAGCCCCAUGAUAAAUAACCUUUAAAAGCCCCAUGAUGUAUAACCUCUAAAAGCCCCAUGAUAAAUAACCUUUAAAAGCCCCAUGAUAAAUAACCUUUAAAAGCCCCAU